UGAUACAAGUGUGCCUGUGGGUCUAUACAUUUAUAGUCUAUACGACUUUAUAUCUAUACUAUAGUUGUCGCGUUGCGAGAGGGCAAUGUUCAGUGACGACAGUUCGUUUUCAAUCGAUUUGUAAUAGCAUACAUAGGGAGAGAGGAAAAUCUCGUUGGUAUUCGUACGUGAUUUGACUGCUCCUCGCGAGUGAACUUUUUAAUAAUCUCUUGGGAUCUCUCUACCUAACUUCUUCUCUGACUCUUUUUUCGAAGUAAAGUUAUUUCCGACGAUAUAGAAAUCUUUCUCAACUUUUUCUUGUGAACACCCGAAGUAUCCGUGCGAUCGUACGUGGUGCGACGCGACGAUGCCGAUUCCACCGAGAAAUCUUCGGAGGAAGCGUGUCGUGCGUGCGCUCAAGUCCACCUACGAAUUUCGAAGUCCGUGUAUAGAACUCCGAGUGAAUCGAACACGCGCCGAACGCGCAUAAACCAGCCAUCCGUUUGUCAUUCCUGAUCUCUGGCUGUAUCGACAGACAGUGGUGUGAUGGUUACACGUGUUUUCAAGCGUAGUGGCAAGAUUGUAAUUGCAACGGUAUGUGUACAAUGUCAACACAGCUAAGUAUGCAAGACAGGAAGGAUUUGGAGAAGUUCACCAAGUACCUUGCACUGAGGGCUGCCCAGAUCAUAGUGCAAUCGAGAUCGGGUCAGAAAGUGAACACCACAUGCAAGUCGGAUUCUUCAGCCGGUGACUGGUUUAAUCUGGCUAUAAAGGAAUUACCGGAAGUCUCGGCUGACGCUAAGAGAGCAUUAUGCGGAGAAAUCUUGAGCUCGCCUGUACCUUUAUGCAUAGAAAUUUCUCUGAAAACAGUGGAGGGUGACAAAAUGGUUUUAGAGACUUGGAGCCUCGGUGUUUUGCCGGAGCAAAGCGACCCGACUGUACGAGUGACGUAUACCGUAUAUAAUAAAAUGGGGAUUUUAUUGAAAUCUUUGAUUUCUGUAUCGAGAAUUACUCCUGCUUACAAAUUGAGCAGACGACAAGGACCUGAUUCUUAUACCAUGUGCUAUCGAAUGUACAUGGGAGAACCUCAGCUACAUAAUUUAGGUGAUAAUUACAAAUAUGUAAGAGUAGGUCAAUUGUGUACCCCAGUAGGCACUAUCCUUCUGACAGUUUCUUACAGAACAAAAAUGACUAUAUCACCUACUCAUAAGGGACGAGAUUCUAUUAUGCUUAAGAGCGAUCAUUUUCAUUCGGAUUUAAGUCCACGUCAUGCGCGAUAUCAGCAAAGCGAGGAAACGUCAAAGUCAUUGAGCGAUACCAUUAAAGUUGGCGCAUUUGUAAUAAACAAACCUGUCAUUGUCAAUGAAGAGGAUCUUGUGAUACCGGACGUGCCGUUCAGUUCACUAUUAACGCCUAAACAAACGUCACCUCCUCCGAUAUCACUAGUGGAACCUAAUACAAAGACUGCGAUGGCAACUGUCACUGCUACCGACAGCAACAAUGGAAAUAACGAAAGACUUAAUAAUGAUAAUACAACUACGAAAUGCGCAUCUCAAAACGGAUCUAGAAGAAGUAGUUGUUCAAUGACUAGUGCCAACGAUGAUUUUAUUAUGGUAGAUUUGAAAACUCCUUUUGCCGUCACGAAUACUAAUAGCGAUGUAGGAGCAUUUUAUCGAGAAUGUCAGAGUGCUCCACAAUUACAAGCUUUCAUGGAAGAAAGGACGCUUGCAGAACAACUAGGAGAUCUCACUAAACAAUUGGAAACAUUUGAAACAAAUAUGCAACACUAUGAGGAUAUUUUGUCAUCUUUGUGUCAAACGGAAAACAAUAAUUAAGGCUGAAAUCUGCUUAUACCGAAUUUAAAGAGACACAAUUGUAUACAACUUUUGUAUACAUAUGAGUCGUAUUGAAGUGGACGUACGUUAAGUGAACGAAUAAUGAAUGCGAAUAUUUCAUAUUAUAUAGCGGUUUCUUUUCACAUAUAUAAUGUUCAUACAAUAAAAAUUUAUAUUUAAUUAAAUUAUUUUCUGUGAAUAAUACAAAUAAGAUAAAAAUAUUCGACGUUUAUAAAUGUGGAAUUUUUAAAUAAUUAUAAUAA